AUGAGACAAAGAGAGGGCAACAAGAUACGAGAGGAGUACAGCUGUGGUGAUGUGCUGUUUCAGGGCUCAUCCUUCAUUUCGCAGGUCAUUGCCUUAACUUGAUGCUGUCGACUCUUCCUGCCGCCGUUCAGUUUGGGGAUGUAAAUGCCGGGAAAGCCACUUUAACGGAGCUGAACUGAUGUGACUCAACCAGAGUGUUUUUCAUUCCCCCGGAACAAUGAGCCGUUAGGAGCCUACACGUCUUGUGGAAAGCCUCAGGAUUGUAAAGGAACUGGCCCGGCUCUUCCAUCCUCCCCCUUUAAUUUCCCACAGUGUGGCAUCACUAUGUCCUUUCCCUGCUGUGCCCAACACAUGGAGAGUGCACGCCCACCCAGAUAGGAUGCCUGCCUUGCCCACUGCCCUGCAUCCCCUCCUGCCCAUCACCACCUCCUCCUUCUCCUCGCGUGUACCUGCUCUUGCCAACAGUUCCUUGAGGCGCCCAAGGUUCCACCCUGCCCCACUCCAACAUGGUGGAUGAGGUAACCACCAUGAAGGAUGAGGUCAUCAACGCCAACACGCUGCCUUGGCUGGUCUGCUCAGGCGUGUCCAUCCUGGCCAAUACUUGGAGCAUCCUUAGUGUCAGUGCCAAGCAGAAAAAGUGGAAGCCGCUGGAGUUCCUCAUCUGCACCCUGGCAGGCACGCACAUCCUCAACAUGGCCAUCCCCAUCACCAUGUACUGUGUCAUAAUGCUGCGCCGUCAGCACUCCAACUACGAGUGGAACGAGGGUCUGUGCAAGGUGUUUGUCUCCACCUUCUACACUCUCACUUUGGUCACCUGCUUCUCCGUCACCUCGCUCUCUUAUCACCGCAUGUGGAUGGUGCGCUGGCCUGUAAACUACAGGUUGAGUAACACCAAGAAGCAGGCGGUGCACACAGUGAUGGGCAUCUGGAUGGUCUCCUUCAUCCUGUCCACGCUUCCAGCAGUGGGAUGGCAUGACACAAUCGACCGCUUCUACACUUCUGACUGCAGAUUCAUUGUGACGGAGAUUGGCCUGGGCUUUGGCGUGUGCUUUCUGCUGCUGAUUGGUGGCAGCGUGGCCAUGGGUGUGAUCUGCAUUGGCAUUGCUCUCUUCCAGACCUUCUCCAUUCAGGCGGGCCACAAUGCAGACAAGAACAAGUUCAAUGUCCCCACCAUAGUUGUGGAGGAUGCCCAGGGGAAGCGCAGAUCAUCCAUUGAUGGAUCAGAGCCUCUCAAGACGUCGCUGCAGAUCACCUACCUAAUCAGUGGUAUCGUCUUCAUCUACGACUUCCUGACUGGCUUCCCCAUCCUGGUGGUGAGCUUUGCCAGUCUGAAGUUCGACCGCUCGUACAACUGGAUGGUGUUGUGUGUCCUGUGGUGCUCCAUUGCCCAGUCCAUCCUGCUGCCCAUGUUCCUCUGGGCUUGUGACCGCUAUCGGGCUGACAUCCGCAUGGUGUGGGAGAAGUGCGUUGCCAUCAUGUCCAACGACGACAUGGAUGAGGAAAACAGCCAAGAUGGAGGAAUUCAUGCCGACUUAAUAUAUGACAGACCAUAUGACUAUAGCUCGGCGCCUGAAAUCGUGACGAUAGACCGUAAUGCCAAGUAUGAGUUCUCAACCUUAGAAAGGGGGGUUCUGCAAGGGUAUCCAUUGAGGGAACAACAGGAAGAUAGAAUGCAGUAUUUGCAGGUGCCCCCUACAAGAAGAUACUCCCACGACGAAACAGACAUGUGGACCAGCGACCGGAUCCCCUCAUACCUUCACCGCUGGGGCUCCACCGAGGACAUGAUAGUGAGUGCCCACUACAGCUCCACCUUGCCGCGCCACGAGAGGCGCAGGAGCAGCCUGGUCUCCUACCACGAGGAGAGCCACCAUCACCAUCACCCACAUCGCAAGCGGCGACGCUCUGAGGAUAGUAUGCACUCCCUCAAGCACCUGCCACGCGUGGUUUGUGGCGGGGAGCGCUACGAGGACGAACUGCGGUGUUUCAGCCGAGAUGAGGUGAUCAACUUUAUAGAUGAGACGCCGCUGCCAAGUCCCAGGAAGAGCCCGCGGCGUACAUCCACCAUCUCACUUAUCCCCAACGUGUAUGAACAGCACACAGUCAUCCUUCCUCACUUCCCGCUCACAGACUUUGAGCGUGAGCCUCAAGCGCUCCGGCGGCUCUCAGAACACAAAAGGAUCAGUAGUCGGGGGAACUCGCCUGAGGGUUCCCCGAAACCAGACAGACCCGGUGGAAAGAGCCUUGCUGCUUGUGGCUCCGGUAAAAGUUACCGGGAGUGCCUGCGAGAUGGGAAAGAGCAGGGUGAAGUGGGCUCACCUGGGUGCAGCCAGCGGACUCUAGGGCACUCAGCCUGUAAGCCCAGGACAGGUGGUGGAGCUGGGGCUGGUGCUGGAGCUUACUGGGGGCAUCAGAAGCACCUGAGCAAGGCCGAGAGUAAAGGAAGCACAAACAGUUUUGUAAGCACACCCUCGGCAUCGUCCUCUGGAUACAUCACCUUUCACUCUGAUUCUGUAGGCUCCACCACCUAAAAGCAAAGUUUCCCCUUGUUAAAGUCAACAUUAUUAUUAAAGUUAUUAUCAUAAUGAAAACCACUUGAAUAUUGGUGGUUACAGAAAGUGAAUUAUAUGGCCUUUUUACUUGUGCCACUACUGUUUUACUAUAUAUACCACCAAUAAAUAUCAGUUAUGCUAAAUGGCCUUGGGAGCUUUGGACAUAUUUUCCGAAUGGGCCUAAUGUUGAGUUAGUAUGUAGGCUGGUGAAAAGUGGGUGGUCCUAUUAUUCAGCUUUCAAAUCACAAAAUAUCCACUGAGGACUCUUUUUGUUUCCAGCACUGACACGAAUAAACUGUUUUUAAAUGGCGUGAACAUUCCUACAUCUUGUUUUUGCUGUUUGAUGUUGUUUCCUAUGAAAUGCUCAAAGAAUUGGUGGAGGUAGUUGUUAGGGUGGUGUUUUUCUCUUUCUUUUUUCUCACUUGUUUUUGCACUUAGAACUCACAUUGUAUUUUAUUUGGCCUGUAAUGGUUUUGUGUUUUGUUGUAUGGACACAUUUACUUUCAAACCAAACAUUCAUGAAUACUGCCCAUUUACCUUGAGAUGCUACAUUAUACAUAUUUAUCUUAUUUUGACAACACGUGAACACAUUGCUUUUCCCAACACAUGAAAAGCUUUUUUUAAGUAAACUGAGAGUGGUAAUCAUAAACUCUGUAAUGCCUAAUAGUUUUACAGCUUACUUUGUGAGUUAUUGACAUAUAAUGUGAAGACCCCAAAAAUUCUUAACUGAAAAUGUGAAGGCAUUUUUGAAAGAAGAUUGACAUGUCAUGUAUAUAUGAAGGAGAUUGGAUUUAUGGUUUUGGUGUUCUUUAUCGUUUAAUGAGACCUUUGCUUAAAACAUUCCCUCCCAGUUCUUACUAUUCCAUUGUUUAUGUUAACUUUGGAGAUCAUCAGGCACAACAGUUGCUCACCACAUUACAUAUGUACAUGCAGAACAUCAAACCAAUACACCUGAAAACGGUGCUUUAUCCUCAUCAAGUGAGCAUGUCAGCCUGACCUCAUCUCUUAUUUGUCUCAGUAACAUGUUAAAAAGCACCAAUAAGGAUUUUUAAAGUAGACAGCUGAGAGGGAACCUCUAAAAGAUGAUCCUAAUAAUCACAGCCCUCAGGCUGACUACGUGUAGCAUAACUAAGUGCUAGUGCCAUACCUAAACCCACAAAAAUGUUAGCACAACUUACAAACAUUGUGAAUAGAAUGGAAAUGGAGUGUAACUGCAUAUACUUAAACUGCUAUAAUGGUGGUUUUCUGGAAGGUUUUUGAGUGUGAGGUGACUUUCAUCUGAUUCAACUAUGCCCCAUGAAGUAAUGUGAAUUAAAUGUGAGCAUCCCCGAAGCCUCAGUAAGGCAUUCUGUACGAAAACUAAAGUUUAGACUGUUGUAUAAGCAUAUAUUUAUAGAGGGAAUGUGAUUACUUCACGUCAAAGGAAAAUACAAAAUGUCAAAAACUAAAAUGUCAGUGAAUUGCUGCUUAAUGCCCCAUAAUUUUGAGAAAUUCUCACCUAGCACCCUUAUUCAAAAUAGAUGCUGGAGUGAACUUUACAAUGCAGCCGACUUUACGAAGCCCACUGUUAAAUUAAUGAAUCACUACUAUUUAGCAAAUGUGACAAUUUGCUGACUAAAGGAGUGAAAACUCAUCUACUGACAAAUAAUAGAAAAAACAACUCAUGGAGAGUUACUGCUAACGUGAAUGUAUUUGCACAAAUUAGGUGUACGUUCUCGAAGGAAUUAUUAAGAGUACAGAGAUAAUAUGAAAUGAAAACAUCCUCAUUGACAGCCUUAUUAGUUGUGAAACUUUUUUGCUAUUACCAUCCAAGUAAUAAAGUUGCACGUGUUUGGCAUAGACUUUUUUUUUUAAGUCAUCUGCAGUCAUUUCAAUGUUUAGUUGGAAUUCUUAUGUAGUAGUGUACCUCUCACUCAUUGCAGCCUAUUCAAUUGGACAAGUUAGCUGAAAUGUAUAUUUCUUUGGAAGCAUAACAUCACAUUCCCCUGUCAAACUUUGCUAUGUCAUAGAAUUUUGCAUUUUGUUGUGUUUACAAUAUUUAAAUAUAAUUUUGUAACAUAUUCAAAGAUUUAUGACUCAGAUAUGAGUGAUGUUAAAUGUUAUGAUUUUCUUGUUCAGAUGACUUUGUUAAAAAGAUAUGACUGAUUAAAUU